UAGUGACAGUGACAAUGAUUCUUAUAGAGAUAGCAAUAGUAGCGAUAGUGAUGAUAAUGAUAGUGAUAGUGACGAUAUUAAUAGUGAUAAGUCUGACAUAAAUAAAUAUGAAGAAAAGGAAGUUUCAGAUUAUGAAAACGAAUAUUAG